AGCCUCUCAUUAUAUAAUAGCCAUUUUUCUUUGGUUCCAUUCCCUGCAUUUUCUAGCUCCUUCUUUCAACUAAUCUAUGGCUACAUAUUCUUCCCCUCCUUCAUCACCUCCUCCAUCAUCAUCUUCUUCAAUUCCUUCCCCAAGAUCUAGCAUGUUUUACUAUGCUGGAAGUGAAAAUCACUAUGAGGAGCCUCACUUCCUCCAAGCUUGCUUUCUUUGCAACAAACCACUUGGCCAAAACCAUGACAUCUUCAUGUACAGAGGGAACACACCAUUCUGUAGCAAAGAGUGCAGGCAGGAACAGAUAGAGCAUGAUGAGGCAAAGGAGAAAAGUUGGAAGCUUUCUUCCAAAAGGGGUGUGAGACAAUCAGAGACCAAUCAAAACUCCACACCCAACAAGACUGUGAGAACAGGCACAGUUGCAGUUGCCUAAUCAAAAUGAUCCAUGAUAUGAUGAGCGGUGAAAGAGUCCAAUUUUUGAAGAAAGGAAAAAGGGUGGAAUGGGAAAUUCCCAAUGAAAAGAAGUGCAAUCAACAAUAAUCCAUGAAGAUUCUGAUUAAACCGGGAUGAAUCUUUGAUGCCUUUUGUAAAGAAAAAGUGUAGUUGGGUUUCAAUUGGGAGAAAAAGGCCCAACAAAGAUUUUUGGCUCUUUUUGUUUGUGUUUUUAACUUUUUGGACAUUUUGGUUUGACCCUUUUUUUUCUCCUCUUAUCUCUCUUCCUACUUUGAGAUGCCUUUUCUUUUUCAUGAAAAUUGAGGCAAUGGAAAGAAAAGUGUCAAAGAAACUUUAUUGAAGAUCUAGAGGAGUGAAACCUUGUUACAUUACUCCACCAUCAUGUGUGCAUCCCAUGUAAUAAGAAUAUCCAUAGAAAUAUAAUCAUAGCCACUCAAAUCUCCCAAUUGAGUUGUCCAAAUAAAAGGGUUUGGAUCCUUAAGAAUGUAACUUUAGAUUCGAUGUAGGAAUUAUUGUAGAUGAAAAAUGUUAUAGAUUAGUUAGAAAAAUUAGUCUCACAAAACGUAUUCUUAGAAACCAUAAAUUGAGAAAUUAUUAAAUGAAUAUAAACCUAAAGAUUCAUAUU